AUGUCCUUUACAAAGACGUAUUUCCUGUGUCCGACAUCCGACUUCAUCCAUCCACCACCGGCUGGCCCGCUAUGCCUUGGAGCUAUAAUCCGGUCCACGUCAACGCCGCAAUACCCUCUAAAUAGUUCGGUCGUUGCCGUGCCUGAAGCAAAUCCGCCCGUCGUGGAAACGGAUUGGAAGAAGACCGUUUCAACUGAGACGGGCCUCGGUCUGGGAGUCUAUGCACAGUUCCUGCAGGUGGUCACCGGUGGAAUCCCCGUUGGUCCCGAGGUGAACGCUGAGCACACGAGCAAAGCCGCAAAUACCUUUGCCUUUGACUCGAUGACGACCCUGGCAUUUGAGCCGACACAAGAAUAUGUACAAGAAGCCAUCAAGGCACCCACCGUGCAGUCGUGGCUGAGGGAACCCAAGCAGAGGUUUUCACCCGUGUGCUCGCUCUACCUCGUCACGGGCAUGAAGCUCGUCAAGGGCGCGAGAAUCAAGUACUCGACUUCGCAGAGCGCGACGGUCACGGGCAGAUUUGGCAUCGACGUGCCCCAGCUUGGGACGACCUUUGGCCCAAAAGGCCACUGGAGCAGCGCGAGCGACGAUGAGACGGAGUUUAAUCGCGAGGCCGAAUUUGUCUUUGCGUUUCGGGUCAAAAGACUCAGGUUUGGGCGGAAGCUAAAGCUUGAAGAGUACAACAAGGGUGCUUUUCUGGCCAUUGGCGGAGAUUCAGAAGAUGGCGUGUCUGUUCUCGUUGAGGACGUGGAUGGUUCUGAAUUUCAGACUGCAAAGGCCGUUCCUGAUGUGACCGAGCACGGAAGGGUCUACUGUGUCCCUGCAUAA